GUUUACCAUCGCAAGCUUGAGAUUAAAGACGACGGGAAGCGAAGAUUUUAAUUUUUAUUUCAAUUUUGACGUCGAAAUAAUUAAUUGAUAACCAGUGGAUUUGAACUCAAGAUGGACUCUUCCCCAGACAUUGCACUUGUCAACUACAAGAGUCCACAUGAGUCACCAGGGCCAGGAGAGCUUUGUCCCACUGUUGAAAACAAGGAAAUCAAUCAAUUAGAAGAAACACCUUAUUUGCCGUUAGAUGAUGGAGGUGACAAAUCUCGGAGUAAAAGCAAUUCUUUGGAGAGCUUAGUGAACCCCCCACCCCCCUCAGAGCUAGGAGAGGCAGAGUCAGCCGUGUUGAGGGGAGACGCCAUAGGGGACACUGCUUACACGCAACGCUGGGUCCUGAAUACACUUUUGACCAUCACCAAGGCUCUGCCCGAAUACUUGGGUACUGACGAUGGGCCAGCAGAGGAAAACGACAAAAAGGGGGAAGGUGGAGAAGGGGAUCUUGUUGAAAUGAAGGAAUCAGAUGGACAGGCAGAGGGACUAAGUGCCACCACCAUACCAUCCAAGGCGGGUAUUGUAGAGUUGGCAGAGGAUGUGGAGAAUGCAGCAUGCCAGCUGUGGGACAUGACAGCAGAGAAGGAUGUAGUCCUGCAUCUCCUGGAGUUCGGGGCUUUCGACAUCCUGUAUCUGGCAACGGAUAUUAUCACACUUUCACGGGCGCCUAGGCUCACAGAAGUGGUAGUUGGCGUUGUGGCCAAUAUAUGCUGCCAGGCUGAGGGUUGCGUGAAAGUCAUCGAACACAGAGCCCUCCUGUCCUCCUGCUUGAACUUAUUGCAGUCUACGGAUGAUGUGCCAACACUGGUGGAGUGUCUGAGGCUCUUGCAACUACUGCUCUGGCAUGUGACUCACCGUGUGAAGCCAGAGGACCGCUCAAAAUGCCCACUGGUGUUGGCACUUAAGGGUCAGGAAGCAUUGAAGGUGGCACUUAUUUUUAUCCUGAAGAACAGUCUGAGUGAGACUCUCCUUAGUUCUCUGAUGCAGUUUCUUGAGGCACUGAUGUACCUCUGGCUUCCUGAUGACCAGUGCUAUAUGGCUGCUGACUAUACUGAGUCUGGGCUAGUGGAAGGUGUGGUGGAGGUGAUGCGUCAAUUUCUCAAGCUGUCGGAAGUGAGCGGCAGUCAAGAGUUGCCGAAGGAAGUUCACAGUGGAGUGCUCAUCCUGUACAGCUUUGUUGCCACGCCUGCUGCUCAUUUGAUUAGCAGCUUUGAUCAGUAUGAAUCUCUUUUGGAGCCCAUUUUGGUAAGUUAUGUGGAGCACCUGGUCAAGGUAGAGGACGUAGAGGAGCUUUUCGUGGAGGAGAGCAGCGAGAAGCUCACCUAUACCCUGGGUCUACUAGAGCUCCUUGUGCCUACCAUGAGACACCCCAACAUCCUGCUGCCUGUAGGAAAGCUCUUGGCCCUCACUCAUGGAGCCACACACCACUACACACAUCGGCAGACUUCACAAGAUUCUACAAGUGAUCAAAGUGAAAUUGUUAGUCAAAGCACCAAAGUUAGACGAAAGCGCAUUAGCAGAAGCAGAAGCAGGAGAAGCAGAACAUCACAAGAGGACAAAAUGGAGACCGACCCAGCUGACCACGAGAACCAGAAAGGAGAAUCGGUACGCGGGGGUGACAGGCAGGCACACACGAAUACACGGCAGGUGAGCCAGGAGGGGGACAGUCACGGGAGCAGUGGAUCCCCGGGACACGUUAGACAACCUUCAGGGGGGAAAAGUGGAGCUGUGGUGGCAGCUAUUGUAGGAGCUGGCCCUAGCUGUGCAGCUGUAGGUGGGGAUGAUGUCUUCACAGCUGAUGACAAGGCUGAGGAGAAUGCAAUAAGCAGUGAGGACAGAAGGGCUAAACUUCACAGUCUGAGAGACAGUCUAUCAGAUUAUUGUGUCAGAGUAAUAAAAUGCUGCCCAGACUUAGCAGCAGUUCUCACAGCUCUUAAUGAAUGCCAUGCACAUGAGGUGCAACUUUUCUUCCGUGUUGUGCGAUCAAGGGAACCCUUGCUUGUUGGACAGCUGCAAGAACAGUUGCUGGACACAGGGUCUCAUAACCGCCUUGUUACUAUACUGUCUGAUAUGUAUGCCUGACAAAGUGCAAAGUAGUAAUUUUUUUUUUAAGGUAUUUCAUUAUAUUUCUCUCUCUCUCUCUCUCUCUCUCUCUCUCUCUCUCUCUCUCUCUCUCUCUCUCUCUCUCUCUCUCUCUCUCUCUCUCUCUCUCUCUCUCUCUCUCCUUCCUUCCUUCCUUCCUUCCUUCCUUCCUUCCUUCCUUCCUUCCUCCCUCCCUCCCUCCCUCCCUCCCUCCCUCCCUCCCUCCCUCCCUCCCUCCCUCCCCUCUGCCUCCCUUACCCAUGGCUAACCUGCUAUUUUAUCUCCUCUCCUCUAUUUCUUGCAUCUCUCUUCAUCUGAUUUCUAUGCAUUUAGGAAAAUUUAUUGAUGGAAAACUGUUGAACCUUUUUUUAAAUAGUUUUAUAACUGUCCUUGAUAGUAGUUAUAAGGAUGACUUCAUAGUCAGUGUUUUGUACAAGCAGGUAAGAGUAACACAGGAAAAGUUGUUUUAAUGUUUGUGACGAGUACUGUAAGCUGCUUAUAGACACUACAAAGGUAUAUCAAUGUAGGAAAAGCAUAAAUGAGAAUAAAUAAUUUCACAAGAGGUGUAACUGACUUUGUGGAUUUGAUAUCUUUGUUAGAAUUUAAUGUAAUGUUGUUGAAUUGUUCCAAUUACAUCUUUAGUUGUUGUUUUUUUAUAUACCAUCUCUACAUUUAUUACAAUAAACUCUGCUCAUAAUAUUGACAAAUGGCCAUUCAUUAUUGGUAGUCAUUGUUGUUGUGUUCAAAGUGUAGGGAACCUUAAGGGGUAGGAAGUAAUUUCUGUACUAAAGUGUUAAACUUUCUCAUUUGGAGCAUUAGUAAACAAGCAGAAAUAUUUGUGGUCCUUUUAAUUAACUUUUUUGAGUGUUUAUAAAAAGAGUAAUUUUUUUAUUAUCUAAUAAUUUCAAACUGACAAGUCAGAUUUAUAUGUAUAACGAUAAUUGUUCAAUGUCAUGUGGUUGCUUGGAUUUCAGUCAGUAUGCUCACUUCAUCAGUAUUUUUAGUACUUGUAUCCUCUCCUUUUCAAAUCUCACUGCACAUUCUCUUCAUCUUUGUAUUGCCCUUUAUUACUAGUACAAUGUAACUAUUGUUUUACCAAUGUUGUCUGCAGUGAAUUCUGUUGUUUAAUAACUUUGGAGUAGUGCCUUAGUGAGAAGUCUGUGGUAUUCACCAACCCAGCAGAAUCCAUUUUUUUCUUUCCUCUUCUUCUCUCACUCCCCUUUCCUCUUUUUUUUUUCUCCUUCCCUUUUUCCACCUUCGCCUAUACUUUUCCCUUCCCUCUUUCACCCUCCUUUUUCCUUUCUCUUUUCCCUUUUCCCUUUUCCCUUUUCCCUUCUCUUCCUUUUCUCCUUUUCCCCUCCCCCCUUCCUCCUGUUAACUUAAGAAGUCUUCCAAAUGCACAGGAUAUUUGUUUAGAUGUCAGUGCAGACUUUUGAAGACAAAACCCAAUAGAUAAUGCAAUCUCUCUAUAAACUGACCUUCAAAGCUUGUCAACUUGCCAGGGUAUAAAUAUGACAAUUAGAAUGAGGUCUGAAAUGCUAUGUAGUGUUGGUUGUAUUCAACUGUUGUAAAUUAAAUUGGAAGAA